ACCUCCGGCUCUAAACAUAGCUGCUCUGCGCCCUUCGCUUCUGAUCACAUCCAGGAACAGCCCAUAUCAGAUCUGUAGGAUGGUGCCGUGGCACCGCGGGCACCUCACAGUAAGGGACAACGUUUGAUUUCUGUGGAGACCAGAGCAAAACAGCCGAACCAUGAGGGACAGACUGAGCCACCUGCAGGAGGUGUCCAAUGGCUACGUGGAGCAGAUGGAGUACGCGGAGUCCACCGUCUCCGACACCUUCAGCAACGUGGACCUGGAGGAGCUGCAGCAAGAGGCGGUGGUGUUCGACAACAGCCCGGAUCUGGAGGAGGUCUUCUCCCAGUCACAAGACAUCCACAAGGAGGUCCAACUCGUCCGCCUGGAGAUCAAAAGGCUUCGCGAGCAGAACAACCGCAUGCUCCAUGGCACCACCAACAUGAGCAUCAUCAAAAGGGACUCUAACGCCAUCGGUGCUGAUAUAAAGUCUCGGGCUGAGGGUAUUCUAGCUCGGCUGAAGGAGAUGGACGGCACAGCCCACAAACUUGAAGAAGCACACGGGUCAAAUUCUGCCAUCACACGCAUCGCCAGGACCCAGUAUGCCUGCAUCAGCAACGGUUUCCGCGACGCCAUGUUUGACUAUAAUGAGGCUGAGAUGAGCCACAGGGAGAACUGUAAGAGCCAGAUCCAGAGGCAGAUGGAGAUCGUGGGGCGCGAGGUGUCAGGAGAGGAGAUGGAGGAGAUUAUUGAGACGGGCCAGUGGAACGUCUUCACAGAUAACAUCGUCUCCGAGGGUAAAACGGCCCGAUCGGCUCUGUCUCAGAUUGAGAAACGUCACCAGGAGCUGGUGGACCUGGAGGCCCGCAUCCAGAGCAUCCAUGAGAUUUUCCUGGACAUUGCCUUGCUGGUGGAGGAGCAGGGGCCCAUGCUGAACGACAUCCAGACUAACGUGCAGAAAACAGACGAAAACAUACAGGAAGUCCUCGUCAAACUGGGCAGGGCCAAACGUCACAAUAAGAACAACCCGUUCAAGAAGAUGUUCUGCAGCUGUUUCCCAUGCGUCGAUAAAUGACUGUACACAGGCGGGAAGAGGGAUGGGAAGAGCUGGAAUCAAACAUUUUAUUUAAUGUCUGUAAUGUUUGUUUAAAAGGUUUGAGACGGGUAUCUCAAAUCAGAAUCAAUUCCCCCUUGAAUGGUGUUUAAAACAAGUUUUCUUUUUUUUAUUGCCUAUCACCUGUUUCCUCAUCAAAGGGAAUCAAUGCUUAUUCAGUUUUUGGAACACUAUUACAUUUUUUUUUUAUUGCUUUCAGGAUGCCUUUGAUUUUAAGUCCAAUCAUCAAUCAAUUGACCAAAGACAUUCAGAGAGACAUCAAGCUGAAAGAAAAUGUUUGAGAAAUUGAACCAAUGUAGUUGAUCUUGAUUUAGAUGAUGCUUUUCUUCAUUGCUAUAGAUUUAAACUGUACAAUUCAUGCGUUGCCACUCUGGAGUUUAUCUAGUAAUCACACUGUGUUGUAAUCUGCUACUUUUCACCUUCCUUUAAUGACUUGAUAUAUAAUAUCUUAUAUUUGUCUCUAUCUCAUCGAGUCUUGUAUUUAACAUAAACAAAUGUAUUAAAAUAUAACUUGAGUGUUUGUUCUUGUUGAAAACUAUA